CUAUUUCACCAUGCCCAAGGCCAUUGCAAUGCCAUUCUGUUUGACCUUCUUAAGUUUUUCAUAAUCCAAACCAUUUCUAAAACUAAACAACUCAAGAAUCAGAAGAUGAUGGGGAUAGUGAGCAUUCAAACGGCGAUGGAUCUUAUCGUCGCCGGUUUCUCUCUAAUCAUCGGAUUUGGAUUCUUUGCCCUCAUUGCCUCUGUCCUCUGCUCCGUCGCUUUCUUCCACCAUGUCAAAGCCGCUACUCCCAUCUCCACCGCUUUAACUUCUCGCCGCCGGAGAUAAAUUCGGAACGUUAACUUUGUUUUUCAGCACAUCGAGAGAAGAUGAGAAACUCUCACAAAGGCUUUUCUAGUUCAACUUGUAUAAUGUGUAUUGUGAAAUAAUUGUAAUCUAGAAUUAAUACAAAUAAAGUUACACGUUAUGUACUGAUGUGUAACAUU